UUAGUUUUUUGACAAACGUGUUUUCCUGUGUUAUUUAACUAUUUAAUAGUAGAGUAACUAUCUAGAAUUACGUGAUUAUAAAUGAGAUAGCUAUGUUUUGUAUGUGUAAUGUUGUCAAUGAAUAAUUCGACAGAUUUUCUCUCUUUUUUGACAAGUCUUUCUGUUUAAAACGUUUUAGGUCUUACUUAGUAAAGUUAGUUACUAAGCCUUACUGGUCCUAAGGCUUAGGCCUUCACUUUCAAGAUGUCAAGCAAAGGUAGAAAGCAGGUGACAUUAUCGAAAUUCUUCACUUCAAAGCAAGGAUCUAUCACUACGGAUGAAAAUGAUGAUGAUCAAAAGAAAUCAAAAUCAAGGAUGAAACGACCCAUGUCUCAGGAUGGAAGAAGAAUCUCGUCAAAGAUAAGACGAACAGAUAGUGGUGAUCAGGAGAAAGGUUCCAAAUCUUCACAGCCAUUAUCUGUUGACAGAGAAACAUUUCACGAUCAAAGUAUUAAAAACCAUGACAGUACAUGCCGGACCGUUAGUGAAACCACGAAAAACAGAUUAUCAACUUUUUCACUAAAUAGUGAAAUUUGCGAAGAUUCCAAACAGAAAAAUUCACGGCACAGAAAAACAUUUACAGAUAUAAAAAAUAAAUCUGACUCUGGUAUACUAUCGCCUCCAAAACCUGUAGAUGAUAAUCAUGACAGUGAAACUUGUAUGGUUGUCAGUGAUGAUGAUGAGGAGGAGGGCAUUAAUAUGUCGAAUUCUAAAGGAAAGGAAUUGCAGAAACAUUCCAAGCUGAACAUACAGAAAAGCAGUUUGUGCAUUAAUAAGACUACCAAAACAAAGUACACUCCAUUGGAGACACAGUACUUGGAGAUCAAAGAGAAGUACCCCGAUGCAGUGCUGUUUAUCGAGUGUGGUUAUAAAUAUAGAUUUUUCGGAGAAGACGCUGAGACCGCGUCACGGGUGUUGAAGAUAUUUUGUCACCCUGAUCAUAACUUUCAGACUGCCAGUAUUCCAACCCAUCGCCUUUUCGUCCAUGUCAGAAGACUAGUUGCUGCGGGUUACAAGGUUGGCGUUGUCAAGCAGACAGAAACAUCGGCUUUGAAAGCAGCAGGAGAAAACCGCAGUGCACCAUUUUCUAGACAACUGUCGGCUCUCUUCACUAAAUCUACUCUCAUUGGAGAAGAUGUUGACCCAUUGUCAGGUAUUGUGGGGGAGGAGUCGGUCUCAGACUACGGAACACGACCUAACAGUUUCCUCAUGUGUGUUUUCGACUCCACUAACUCCAAGAAAGACAAGCAAGAAAUUGCCAUUGUGGCCAUUGACCCCGGCACCGGAGAUCUCAUUUACGAUUGUUUUGAUGAUGGUGCACGCCGUGGGGAUCUGGAGUCGCGUAUAGGACAUGUCCAACCAGUGGAGUUUCUCUUACCAGCCACACUGACGGGACACACACAGAAACUCCUUGACGAUGUCGUCGCUCUCAGCUCAACAGACGAUGACCGGAUUCGUGUGGAACGUCUUGGAGAUGAAAACUUCCAGUAUGCCCAGGCGUUUGAAACCGUAUCAGAGUUCUAUUCAGGUGGAAGUGAUUUGCAGUUCGUGCUCAGUUUACCGAAGCCUGUUUUGAGCUGUUUAGCAGGACUGAUCAUCUACCUCAAAGACUUUCACCUUGAUCGUGCUCUUAAACUCACCACUAGCUUCCAGCCAUUUUCUGUCAAGUCAAAAUUUAUGCAGAUUGGUGGCAACACACUACGUAACCUGGAAGUGUUUCAAAACAUCACUGAUGGACGUGAAAACGGCUCCCUGUUCUGGGUCCUCAACCACACAGUUACCAAGUUCGGCUCACGAACCUUCCGUUCCUGGGUUGCUAAUCCUUUGAUGGAUGUUAGCGAGAUAGUAAAGCGACAAAAUGCAAUUCAGGAACUUUGUGAGGGACAUUUGCCAUCAAUUCAAAAUCUGCGACAGGUUUUAUCCAAAAUGCCCGAUGUCGACAAAGGAUUGUGUUCUAUAUACCACAGAAAGUGUUCUGUAGCAGAGUUCUACACCGUCAUUAAGUCGCUAGAAAAGAUCUACAAAGAAAUGAAAAUGGUUGUGAAGACUUCUGGUGAUCAGAUUCAAUCAACCUUGAUUCAGAACAUUGUGACCGAUGUUCCAGACUUGCUGGCUGAUGUCACAAAGUUCUGUUCUCUCAUCAACGACAAGGCUGCCAAAGAGAAUGAUAAACCAAACCUCUUUACUGAUGAAAGUGUAUAUCCAAGUAUCGUUGAGAGGAAAGCUGAGAUUGAAAAUGUGAAAAAGCAACUUAAGGAUCACAGAAAAGAAAUCCGACUGAAGUUAGGUCAGCCAUCUUUAGACUACGUUACUGUGAUGCAGAUCGAGUUCUUAGUUGAAGUUAGAAAUACACAACUUAAACUGGUCCCCUCGAACUGGAGUAAAAUUAGCAGUACGAAGGCUGUGAGCCGAUUCCACACACCCUUCAUCGUAGAGAUGAUGAAGAAACUCAGCCAGUUAAAAGAACAGCUGAUGAUCGACUCCAACUCUGCGUGGCAAGAAUUUCUCGAGAGUUUCUCAGAAAAAUACCUCCAUUUCCGAAGAGCUGUUCAGCAUCUGAGUGUUCUGGAUUGUCUCUUUUCACUGGCUAGGGUUGCUCAACAGGAAGGCUAUUGCAGACCCGAGAUUACUGCAGACACCACAGCGUGUCUUGACAUUGAUGAAGGACGACAUCCAGUGAUAGAUCUGCUGAAAGCUGGGAAGGAUCAGUUUGUGCCAAACAGCACUCAUCUGUCGGCUGACGGGAAGAGAGUGAUGAUUAUCACAGGUCCAAAUAUGGGCGGCAAGAGUUCCUACAUCCGCCAGGUGGCGCUCAUCACCAUGAUGGCUCAGAUUGGCUCCUUCAUUCCGGCCAACAGCGCCAAACUUGCUGUAGUGGACGCCAUCUUCACCAGAAUGGGUGCGGCUGAUGAGAUCUUCAAAGGUCGCAGCACGUUCAUGGUUGAGUUGCAGGAGGCGUCGGAGAUAAUGUCAAGUGCGACGUCGCGGUCCCUGGUUAUACUUGACGAGUUGGGUCGUGGCACAAGCACCCAUGAUGGUGUGGCGAUAGCACAUGCGACUCUCCAGUACUUCAUCAAAGAGGUGAAAUGUCUGACCCUGUUUGUGACCCACUACCCAGUCUUAGCAGACUUGGAGCAGCAGUUCCCAGACAGUGUUGGCAACUACCACAUGUCAUUCAUUUUAGCUGAACAAGAUGAGAAAGAUUCCUCUGAACAAAGGGAAGUAAUCACCUUUCUGUACCAACUAGUGGAAGGCAGUGCUGCCAAGAGUUAUGGGUUGAAUGUAGCUCGACUCGCCGAUAUGUCACAGGAGGUCAUAAAGCAAGCAACAGAAAUGUCUCACAAACUGGAAACCAAGUUGACAAACAGACGUCACUUCUGCGACAUAUUUACUGCAGUUUCAAGAAAAUCUCCUGACGCCAUCUUGAAAUUGUUUGAUUCAAACGAUCAAAAUAGAUGAUGACAAACCAUUGCAGAUUCGUUUUGAAGUGGAUCCAUUAUUUGAACAUUUCUUGUAACAUUUUAACAAGCAAAUAUUACUUUGACUUAUUGUCUUUAUAUAUUCAAAAUAUGGUUCAAGGUAUGCUGUCCUGGGCACACAAAUCAAUCGCCUGCAUAGACUACUGUGAGAAAUAAUGUAUACCGUUACCAUGGAGAUGAUUCGUGCAAUAACAGCCAAGGGCAGACAUUUUACCUCUUGAUAGUAAAUAAUCUUUUAUAAAUAUAUAAUUUCCACAGACCAGGACAGUACAUACCAUUGUGUUCCCUGGAGUAGAUGAUGUGAUAACAAAUCACAGUUUUACAUUGAGAUUGGCAAGAGUAGGAGAUGGGAUGACCAAUCAUUAAUUCACUUCACUGCAAUUGGUUGAAUGUUUGGUAACCAACAUUUUUUGUAGUGAAUCAGUGUUAUCAAUUUGCAAGAAUUUUCAUGAAAUACAAAUGAACUUAUUGUCCAGAAACAAUUUUUCUAAAAUAUUUUUUUGUUGAAGCAACUUUAUGGUGUGUCAUAUUUGUUGCUCAGUAUUGUGAUAUUUACUUCUAAAAUGUAUCAGGGUAUGUUGCAGAAAUGUGUACUUAAUUUACAUGUAGUUACAAACAUUAUUACAUUCUGGACUUGAAAAGGAUGAAGAUAUUUACCUUUUUAAAAAUCAUGAUAUCUCAAUAUGAGAAAAACGAUGUUAUAAAGUGAUGUAUAUACCAUGUGUUUAUGGGGGACUUAUACCAUGUGUUCAUGUCACCCAUAUAAGGCAAUUUCAUUAUUUUUUAUAUAACCUGUAACCUGAAACUUAUAUGAAACAAGAAAGUUAUGUGGUUAUGCAUUCUGUUUCAGUCUUGUUUAGUACCAUUUAUUACACAAUGACUCUUUAUUACACAUUCUCCACACAAUAAUUGACAAAUAUUUUUACUGAUACACCCAGUCAGGGUUUUAAAGUGCACCAAAGUCACUGCAAUAAAAGUUGACCCCAAUUUUGGACUUCAUUCAGUUUUAUGAAAACAUUUUUCAGUCAUGGUCAGUGUUGGUGGACUUGUCUCUUUUGUGAGCCAUGAAGUGGUCUGUGUACUGUGUACGUACAUAUAAAUUGAUGAAAAGAUGGGGGGCAUAGCCUAGUGUGGACCUGGUUGCACUGAAAUACGUACAUACAUGUAACUGACUUUUUUGUCUACAUUUUUCCAGCACACUUGUAUGAAUAGCCUAAUAUGGCAUUGUAAAAAAUUGCUGUAGCCUCGGCCAAACCCUCCAGUCUACAUGUACAUCCCUGAAAGAAAUAAUGAACAUAUAUACUGUAGACCACAUUUAAUUAACAGCUAGUAGCUUAGUAAUGUCUAUAAUAAGACUAAAUUCGUUCCAGUUUAGGUGUUCUCACAGUAUUAUUCGAUCGAGUGCGGGGCAGGACGGAGCCCAGUGGUACAGCGUUCGCUCGAUGCGUGGUCGGUGUGGGAUCGAUCCCCGUCGGUGGGCCCAUUGGGCUAUUUCUCGUUCCAGCCAGUGCACCACGACUGGUAUAUCAAAGG